AAGCGAUGCCCACCCCCGGUCAAACCCUCAUGGCGCCAUCCUUCCCACCAAACCCUAACCCUAACCCUAACCCUAACCCUAACCCUAAUUCCCACAUCUGAGCCUCCGAUUCCAAUCCUCUCUUCGUCUUCUUUGAUUUUCGCUUCUCUUGGUAGGCCUCGAUGGAUGGAGCAGGAGGGAGCGACGCUGAGCUUCUCUCGAGGACGCUGCAGUUCGAGCACAAACUCUUCUACUUCGAUCUGAAGGAGAAUCCGCGGGGCCAGUAUCUUAAGAUCUCCGAGAAGACCUCCGCCACGCGCUGUACCAUCAUCGUCCCUGCUGAUGGCAUCGCGUGGUUCCUUGAGCUUUUUGAUUAUUAUGCCAACACUGAUGAGCAGGAUGCUGUUAAUAAGCAACUCAAGCUUGAGACCAAGGUUUUUACUUUCGAUAUUGGAGAGAAUAAGAGGGGGCGAUUUCUGAAGAUCUCAGAAGCAUCUGUUAAUAGAAAUCGCAGCACGAUUAUUGUUCCUGCAGGGAGCUCUAGUGGAGAAGGGUGGGCUGCAUUCAGGAACAUAUUGCUGGAGAUAAAUGAGAAAGGCUCACAACUUUUCAUGGUACCUGAUCAGCAGCAACAUAUGGAGCCUUCAGAACGGCUGCCUGGGCUUUCAGAUGAUGUUGGAGCUGGUUUCAUACCCGGCCGUAGCACCCAAUUAGCAUCUGGAUCAGCAGAGCUCAGCGUGGAUCGGUUGAUUGAAUUGCCCCCACAGGAUGAAGUCGGAGGAUUAGGCACGUCAAAAGUGAUGCGGGCAGAUCAAAAGCGAUUCUUCUUUGAUUUAGGUAGCAACAACAGGGGUGAUUUUCUGAGGAUAUCAGAGGUUGCAGGAGCAGACCGCUCAUCCAUCAUCCUACCACUUUCUGGGCUCAGGCAGUUCCAUGAAGUAAUUGGCCAUUUUGUGGAGAUAACCAAAGAUAGACUUGAAGGUUUAACAAGCGUGAAUGUCCGGAAUGUGGAUCAGAGAUAAUCAAUCAGUUUGGUUUUCAUGGCAUGAAGCAUACCUUUGUUCUAUUCUAAUUUGCAGUUAUGGAUAAUAACCAGUCCCUGUUCGAAGCUGGAGAACAUGUAAGCUACCGCCUUGAUCUCUCCUCGAAGAAGAAAUAACAGAGACAACGUAUAAUUUCCAGCAUCUUCAUCGUUCAGUGGUGUGUAAAUCUCCUCAAUUCAUCAUAUCAUGCCUCCGAAUAAUGAAGCCAUAAACUUCACCGGUAAAUGGCCGUGUUUUACUUAGUCUGAGGAUGAGUUUUAGUGGGCUUUUUAAGUUUGUGUAAGCUAUUACUAGACAUAUCUCUGCAACAUAUAUAUCUGGUUGUGUUCUACUUAUUUCUUGUUUCCCAGGUUUGAUUUCUCCAAGCAACAAGUUUAAGUUUAUCUAUCUCUAUUUAGCAAAUUGUUGCAUCAGAAAAAUUUGGAGUGGUUAUGUUUUUUUAAAGAGCCUUUUGUUUCAUGGUAAUAUGUCAUUACCACGUAACGAGAUUACCAUGGUAA